CAUGUCCCGCGGACAGAAGACAGUGAGCGAGGAGGUGGAGGGCCUGUUGGCGCAGACGCAGACCGAAGAUGAGGAGGUGAAGGACCUGAUUCGCGCCAUCGCCAACAACACGUCUGAGCCACGCGCAAACUUUCAGUUCAAACGGAUCAGCGAUGGUGGAAUGCGCGCACUUGCAGUGGCUGUCAAGGACAACACCACCGUCACAAGACUCAACCUGAGCAGCAACCACAUCAGCCCCAAGGGCGCUGCGGCGUUGGCACAAGGGCUGAAGCACAACAAGACCAUCGCGCGGCUCAACUUGCACUGGACGGUGCUGUGGCGUGACAACGGCGUGCUCCGUGUCGACAAGACGCGGCUGUGGGUGGACGAACACCUGCUGUCGCCCGAUGACCUGGUCGCCAAAUGUGGCCCUCUCCUGCCAGUCCUCGGCCUGCAGGACCACUACGACAUCUUCGCAACCGCGGGCCCUGGACGAUAUCAACCUGGAGACGAGACUUUCUUUUCUUCCGUGGUUGCAUUCGAUUGCAUUGAUUGA